AACACAUCCAUAAAUAUCUCACCGACAUUUACCCGAGCAUAGUGACGUUCCUCACUAACAAUUUGGAGACGUCAGCCUCAGCUGCAACCCGACUAAGCCUCGUGAGCCCCUCUACCUAGGUACCACUAUAGGGGAGAAGCAAGACUUACCUCUCAAACAUCAAACUCCUCAUAACAGCUGCAGAAUUGUCGAGCCAUCACCGACUCUCCUCGGUGUACCUUCGACAAGAUGCCAGCCUACAAUUCCAUGUUCAACAAUGAUCCCAACAUACCUCGUCUGAUUGGGAACUUUCCUCUCCUUCCUCUACGCACCAAGACCCGUGGUCCAGCAUACGUCCUCCCACCUCCCAACCCCCCUUUACCCGCCAACGAGAGUCCGGACCCAGACGCAGAGUCCUACGAUAUACUCGACGAAGUGCUCUCGCUUUUCCGUGCCAACACUUUCUUCCGUAACUUCGAGAUCCAGGGGCCCGCCGACCGUCUACUUAUCUACGGCAUCCUAUUCGUGAGCGAGUGUCUCGGCAAGAUCCGCCCGCACCACUCACUUCGGGAUGCUACGAAGGAUGUGUUGAAUACUGCUUUGGAUCUUAACUUUGCGAUCCCGGGAGACCCUGCGUUUCCCUUGAACCAGAUUUACGAACCCCCACGAGACCGACAAGACGCCGAACAACUACGACAAUACCUAUCCCAAGUACGACAAGAGCUCGCCGCGCGGUUGCUAGCGCGAGUAUACGACGAGGAAGGAGAUGGAAAGCCGAGCAAGUGGUGGUUAAGCUUCACAAAGAGAAAGUUCAUGGGCAAGCAAUUGUAAGAAGACGAGAUAUCCUCACUUCAAAAACACAUAAGAGCACGGGAUCAAAACAAAAAGUGUUGAACUUGUACGGAGUCCAAAUGGUUCAUGAGAAUAAAUGCCCAUAGCAAGGGAUAUC